UUUAAUAUUAACACCUGGCAUCCUUGUUAGGGCGCACCGCAAAAAAGCCGACAGUAGAAUAAAAAUUGUAAAUAAAAAAUAUAAAUGAACUUUAAAUAUUAAAAAUAUUUUCUUCUUUGAUGUCCAGUAAGCGCAAAGAUCCUUGUAAGGCAAACGCAUGUAAAAUACAGGCCUGCUUAAGCGAAAACCACUAUCAAGAGAGCAAGUGUUUGGAGGUCUUGGAGCAAAUGCGUCUAUGCUGCCUAAAGUGGCAUAAGGAAUCCAAUUGCUGUUCAGGAAUCAUAUUAGAAAGAAGUUACCUCGUCGACAAAGAGGAACAGAAACAGAAGUCAUAAGAACCAGUUUCCAAAUUUACUGUAAUAAAAGGUAUUUCCAUUUCAGUGAAUGAUGCAAAAACCUUCUAUUCCACCCUACAAAUUGUCACCCGAAAUACAAGAAAGAAUACAACAGCUACAACAACAAGCACAA